AUGAGGAGGCGACCGGCAGAGUACCGGCGCCAAGUUAGAAGGAGGUUAUCGCAGUGGAUCUGGGCGCUUCUUGGGAUGUUCUUGAUUGCAGGAUUGGUGUUGUUUGUGUUUCACCACAAUCACCAUGAAGAUCAGGUUAAGCAGCCCAUAAUGGGUGAAAAUGCAAUAAAAGAGCCUCUAAACCGUGAGGUUUUGAAUUUUACCAAGGAAAUAUUAAGUGCCAGCUCAUUUUCGCGGCAGUUGGCGGAGCAAAUGACACUUGCCAAGGCUUAUGUCAUUAUAGCGAAGGAACACAAUAACCUUAAUCUUGCUUGGGAACUGAGUAAAAAGAUCAGAAGUUGUCAACUUUUGCUUUCAAAUGCUGCCAUGAGAGGGGAGCCCAUAACAGUAGAAGAAGCAGAGCCAAUAAUCAGUAGCCUAUCAUUUCUAAUUUUUAAGGCACAAGAUGCUCAUUAUGAUAUUGCAACCACCCUGAUGACAAUGAAAUCUCAUAUCCAAGCCCUAGAAGAGCGAGCAAAUGCAGCAACAGUUCAGAGCACAAUAUUUGGCCAGUUGGUGGCUGAAGCUUUGCCCAAGAGUCUCCACUGCCUGAAAGUAAAGCUCACAAAUGACUGGCUUACGCAGCUGCCCCUCCAAAACCUUGCAGAGGAGAAAAGAAACUCCCCUCGAGUCGUGGACAACAACCUCUACCAUUUCUGCAUAUUUUCAGACAAUGUGCUGGCCACCUCUGUGGUAGUGAACUCCACAAUCUCCAAUGCUGACCAUCCAAAACAGCUUGUCUUCCACAUAGUAACAAAUAGCAUCAGCUAUGGAUCCAUGCAGGCUUGGUUUCUAACUAAUGACUUCAAAGGGGCCACUGUUGAAGUGCAGAAUAUAGAAGAGUUCUCCUGGUUGAAUGCUUCUUAUGCUCCUGUUAUCAAACAGCUCCUUGAUCAAGAUUCAAGGGCCUAUUACUUUGGGGCAUAUCAAGAUAUGAAGGUUGAGCCAAAACUGCGGAACCCUAAGUACCUGUCUUUGCUCAAUCACCUCCGCUUUUACAUCCCUGAGAUCUAUCCGCUUCUGGAAAAGAUUGUUUUCCUUGAUGAUGACGUUGUUGUUCAGAAGGAUCUGACACGACUGUUUUCAUUGGAUUUGCAUGGGAAUGUCAAUGGAGCUGUGGAAACCUGUCUUGAAGCAUUUCACCGAUAUUAUAAGUAUAUCAAUUUCUCUAACCCACUCAUCAGCUCAAAAUUUGACCCACAGGCAUGUAGUUGGGCAUUUGGAAUGAAUGUUUUUGAUUUGGUUGCUUGGAGGAAGGAAAAUGUGACUGCACGGUAUCAUUACUGGCAGGAACAGAAUGCUGAUCAGACUCUGUGGAAGCUGGGAACACUCCCCCUGCCCUUCUAG